ACUAAAUGUCAGUUUGUCACUGACUUCGCUACGGUAUGGUUGUCAUUUCGUCCGUCUAUCAAAUAUCGUGAUAGAUGAAUGGAAAAUAAUUAACUUUAUCGCAGCGAAGACGCCUCUCGUAACUCCUCGAAACGUAACGUCGCGUGUGCUACAACACAUUAGUGAUUAUAAAAGGUUGCUCGCUUCGAUACAACACCGCCAUGAUCGAUGUUAGAAACAAAGAUGGCGGAAUAAUACGGUGAUCAUAACCAAACGCGUUGUUUUGUCGUGUGUAGCGUUAUGUGCUGUGGUGGGCGGCGGCUGCAGCAGUGUCGGGGUGCGUGAGUGAGGAGGAGAGGCGCGAUGGGGGCGCGGCCGGGGUGAUGCCGCCGCGGCCAGCGGCCGGCCGCGCGGCCAUGGCGGCCGACAGCGAGCGCCCGCCGCUCGCUCUCUUCACCGCCGUCUACGACUAUGUGGCGCAGGGAGAGGACGAGCUUUCCCUGCGCCGCGGCGAGAUCGUCGAGGUGCUGUCGAAGGACGCCAAUAUCUCGGGCGACGAGGGCUGGUGGACGGGGAAGAUCGGCGACCGCGUCGGUAUAUUCCCAGCCGUGUACGUGACGGAGGAGGACCCGCUGGCCGUGGAGCCGCCGCGCGUGUCCUUCUCCGAGCUCAAGCUGGAGGAAGUGAUCGGGGUGGGCGGCUUCGGGAAAGUGUACCGCGGCUAUUGGAACGGUGAGGUGGUCGCCGUGAAGGCGGCUCGCCAGGACGCGAACGAAGACAUCGAGGUUAUUAAAGAGAGUGUGUUGCAAGAGGCGAGACUGUUUUGGGUGCUGCAGCAUGAGAAUAUAGUGUCGUUGAAGGGUGUUUGUUUGGGGGAGCCAAACUUUUGCCUGGUGAUGGAGUACGCGCGCGGCGGGCCUCUAAACCGGGUGCUGUCGGGUCGUAAGAUCCGUCCGGACAUCCUGGUGAACUGGGCCAUCCAGGUGGCGCAGGGCAUGGAGUACCUCCACGUUGGGGCGCCCAUGUCCCUCAUUCACAGGGACCUCAAGAGCUCUAACGUACUGCUGAGCGAGGCCAUUCUGCCAGAUGACCAGUUGGAGGACAAGACUCUCAAGAUCACAGACUUCGGUCUGGCCCGGGAAGUGUACAAGACCACCAGGAUGUCGGCCGCGGGAACUUACGCGUGGAUGCCACCUGAGGUGAUAAAACACUCAACAUUCUCCCAUGCAUCGGACGUGUGGUCUUACGGCGUACUUCUAUGGGAACUUCUCACCGGAGAGACCCCAUACAAGGGCAUUGAUGCUUUGGCAGUCGCCUAUGGGGUUGCUGUGAAUAAGCUUACACUGCCCAUACCCAGCACCUGUCCUGAACCUUGGAGGGUGUUGAUGGAAGCGUGUUGGCGUUCAAACCCUCGUGAGAGACCCCUGUUCCCCGAAAUCCUGGAACAGCUAGAGAGGAUCAGGCAGUCGGAGUUCACGCGGGCUCCCCACGAGUCCUUCCAUACCAUGCAGGACGGCUGGCGACUGGAAAUCGAGGAGGUUCUCCGAGAUCUGCGGAGAAAGGAGAAGGAAUGCAAAACUAUAGAAGAGGAGCUCCGCUGUCGCGAAGAAGAGUUGACUCGCGCUCAACUCAAACAGAGACUGGUGGAACAGAACCUCGCUCAGAAGGAGAGAGAGUUGGAGAUGCGGGAGAUUGACCUGGUGGCCAGGGAGCUGCAUAUACUGAUCUUCGCCAGCAAUAUGUCCGCUAAUCAGCCGCCGCAGCCUAAUAAACGGAAAGGCAAAUUCAGCAAGAUAAAGCUGCUGAAGAAGGACACGAUCUCGUCUCCCCUGGACUUCCGACACACGCUGACGGUCCGACCUUCGGAGGACGAGUCCAGCGUCAAGCAGCUCGUCGCCGUCGCUAAGGACACCCCGCCGGGGUCGCCUGCCAUCAUGAGGGCUAUUGCCCUGCCAGCGGACGGCGUGAAGGGCAAGACGUGGGGCCCGUCCACCGUGCACCAGCGCUCGCGCACGGCGCUGCCGGCCGCCGCGCCGCUCCCGCGCCCCCGCGCGCCGCGCUUCAGCUCGUCCGCGCCCUGCCUGCCGCCCGCGCGCACAGGAACUUCUCAAGACAACUUGCUCUAUCCUUGUUGUUUUCUUCCUUACACAGACUUCAGUCCGGACGACUGGGGGCCUGAGUUCCCGCUGUCCGCUGCGUCGCGAUACUCCGUGCCUAUGCCCACCCUGUAUAGUACUGAAGGCUACAAGUUCAAGAAGCCCAGUAUAAUUGAGCUGGUACUAUACAAUAUGGCGGCACUGCUGGGCGGGGUGGCCGCAGGAUAUGACGUCAGAGUGUCCAAUGUUAGCCCGCUGCAUCCUACUUUACAGCCGCAUCGGCCGGAAUUGGAACAGGAGCCGCUAAGCUCGUCCGUGUACGAAGGGUUCGGUUACGCACACAACACCUACCACGGACCCACACGACAUCUGAGGGCACCGCUCAACGCUAUCACUGGAUCUCCUAUAUCAGGUCUCCAAGCAGACGAACAAAAGCCGAUCCGGUUCACGGACUCCCCGACACACUACGCGCACCCCUCCUCAUCAUCCGGCUACGGUCACUCCGCGCAGCCCCUCUCCGGCACCUCCGGCCUCGGCACCACGCCCUCCCCGCGCCGGACCUCCUCCACCUCCGACCAUCUCGCAGACCUCUACCACAACUACAGAGAAAACUUCCAACCCUCACCCUCACAGGAACGAGACUACUUCUAUAGAGAACCUUAUACCUUCGACAGAACAGCCGAGUAUGUCGUCAAACACCCUUAUUACGGAUACGAUGAAUGUUCUUUUGAAUAUAGAGAACCAACUCCUGACUACAGACCCCAAUACCCCACGCAUAGACGUACCCCCUCAAAUUCGUCAGCGUCAAACCCACCAGAAGAGUUCUCAACUUCCAGACAGUACAGAAGCAAAGAGAAGAGAGAGGAAUACAGACCGAAGACUGAGUAUCCACGUAAAUCCAACGACUAUUCCUUACCCAGAGACUUUUAUAGGCAAGACUCGCAAGAGAAAGCUGAGAUUGAACGUCCCGCGAAUUUGGGACUAGAAUUAGCGCCGACGAAGUUAAGGUCAAGUUUGAAGAAGUAUAAUAAGAAGUCGAGUGCGUCUGGGGGGAGUUCGGGAGGGGGAACGCCGACGAAUCCGACUCCCCCGGACAGUUUGACGAGUGAGGACAGUUCGUACGUGUCUGCCAGGGACGCGUCGAGCGGGUCGGCUUCCCGGGUGCGGUUCAGCCCGGACACCGCCCCGCCGCCCGCCGCGCCGCGCCCGCGACACACGUAGCGUCGGCGCAACAAGUUCCGCGACUACCUCGUGUGACAUGUGACGUGUGACAAGUGACAAGUGACGUGUGACGCGAGCCUCGUACGAACGCUUUGCUUCCAUAGCUCUUUGUUCAGACUGUACGCAGUUUGUGUGUAGCCAAUGUGAUCGUGGAGUGAAGUUUGUGCUUGUCUAGCAUUUAGUUUACUUGUGUGUACCAAAUAACUUUGCCUCUCUGAAGUUAGAUGUUCUUUGCCAGUGCUCUGUGCGCACUUGACUUGCGCAGUCACUAGUAGCUAACUUCGCAGGGGUAAAGUUCUUUGAAGGGCGAUGUACUUCAAACGCAUUUAAUGUCAAAAGGAAGAGCUAAAAUUACUUUUAAUCAUUGACUCCCAUUCAUUCGAAAUAUUUUAUGAAACAUACAUAUCCUCACUUGGCAUUUUGAUGACAUUCCAGAAGUUUUUCCUUUAUUUAAAUAUCAUGGAUGGACCAACUUGUAUGUUGAUAGUUCGGUCUUUGGCUACGAGUAACUGCAAUAAGCUAAUGUAUAAACGCGAUUGUGUUCAUUAUUUAAUGUAUGCAUAGUUUCCAUUGUACAUUUUGUAUGAUACGUCGUCAUAAUAAGAUGUAUUUAGCCGACAAUGUAAAGCGAAAUGCUCUUUCACAGUGCCUAUCGCGCGGAAAUAUUAUUAUUAAAUUCCUUAUUGCGUGAUGUAGAGAUUAUGAUUAUUUGGAGAUUUUCUUUGGGCAAGGCAGCUUCGUGAGACUAGCAUGCAAUGAACAAUCUUUUCUAUACAUAAGUAGAGUGAGUUCAUUAGAGUUGAAAAGUUUCUUAAAUUGCAUCCACAGUCUCUUUGACGAGGCUUCCUUGCACCAUACAGGAUCAACAUAAUCUAUUAAUUUAUAUUAUAUUCAGGUUUGAUGUUAGCAAUCAGGAACAAAGUAGGCACAAACUAAGCAUUGUACAAAUUGUAAAUAUCUGAUCAUGUGGCUGAUGUAGUCAGCGAGUAACUUUCAUUAACGUGCGAGUAUUUCCUUUAAUUUCGUUAAAUUUAUAAAUAGUACAAAUGUAUUUUGUAAGUGCCGCCGUGUUCGCACGCGACGAAGAAAAAAAAAAUCAUAUUUUUAAUUCAACGUAAUCAGUGUAUAUUUUGAAACUAACAAUUAAUAUAUUAUGUAACUUAUAUCACUAAGUUGUAUGCAUUUUGUACAAAACGUUAGAUAUUUUUUACUGAAAGAUAUCAGUAACAUUAGUACCUAGUAUUGUGAGCAGCUUUUAUAUCCCACAAUUAAAUAAUGUAAAUUAGGUAAAAAUACUAGUCGGAAGUUUGCGAAAAUCCUAAAUAUUGCAUAUCCAGCUAAAAAUUGAUAUUAUAUUCGAUAUUACGCUUCCCUUACCCGAGAAACACUGGAUUACUUUAUAAUGGAGACAUUACGGUCGUUCCGUUCAACUGAUGGCCUAUAAUCGGGAAGCUUCAAAUUAUCACUUAAAUUAGCGUAUAAAUUAAAAUGUAAGAUGUAUAUCGGAAAUUCGAAUAAUAUUAGCUUUGAUAAUUAUUGUUAGCCCGAAUCAGUGCCUAAUGUCUGGGACGGUACUUAGAGAUUAUGCUAUGGAAAGACACGAUUUUAUCAAAACGAAUUACUUUUUUUUACAAUGGCCAGUAAAAUGUAUUGGACAGCUGACAAGUUGUGUUAUUUAUUGUUUCAAUUUUUAUUUUCAUGUGCAAUAUGUGAAAUUAUUUUGCGUCCAUAUUUAAUUUAAUUAUAUUUUAUUAUUUAUAAAAACAAAUCGUCGUGAAUGUAACAGUAUUUUAUACAGUAUUCGAAGUAUUGUAUAUUCGGAAAAAAUAUAUGUAUGGUUGUAUUUGUAGUAUAAUUUAUUAAGUUAGCUUGAACCAGUGCCAAUGUCGUCCAGUGUUUACUUUCUUUUAUUUCCAUUUAGUACAAACCAAAUCCUAACCAAAUUAUCGUAAGAAUCUCUUGUAAAAUUAAGUUUCUGAUGAUCAAGUCACAAAUUCUGAGUCAACGAUUUAAAACGAUAUUAUGUAAAUAUUUAUCUGAGAUUCACGGCGCGUUUACUUAAAAAAAAACUCUAGUCCUGAAUUUUUUAUUUUAUUUUAAUAUCUGGCUUGUAAUCGAGUGGUUACGAACGACUGGCGAACGUACUUCGAAUGAAAAAAAUGUAGUUUAUUGGGCAUUCCUGUGUUUUAUAUACAUUCCAUGUUUUGAAGUGAUAUUAUUGUAAUCAGUGAUGCGUUUAAGACGAAUGUAAAGGUUUUGUGUGCCAAUAACAUGAGGUGGGAGGAUGCCUUACAUCUGUACGUUGAAUCGACAAAUAAAAAUCUAGAUUAAGCUUUUUA